UGACCCAAUAAAUUCUCCCUUCUGCACACGGGACUAUUUGCAAAUUCUCAAGGCGUCAAUACUACCAACCAACUCCAUCAAAACCAGUCAACAUGCGUUUCACCACCGCAACCCUUCUCUCCGCCUCCCUGGCCGCCGCACAUGUCGUCCGGGACCCGAUGAUCACGCCGGCCCCUAUGCUAAGGGAACGUCAAAACUGGCAGGAGGCUGUUUCGGAGGCUCUCGCCAUCGCCAGUUCCGCGGAGGCGUACGCCAGCUCAGUCGCCCAGGCGUACGAAAACGACCCGAACGCAGCGGCAGCUCAGAGCUCUGCUCUUGCCGUAGCCAGCUCUGCUGUCGCCGCGGCAACCAGCCUCGCUGCCCAAUGGGGCGCCGCCAACGGACUUGAGCAGCGCCAGGACUGGCAGUCGGUAGCUAACUCGGCCGAAAGCCUGGCCACCUCCAUCGCCAGCGCCGGUCAAUCGGUCGGCCAGUCCAUUGCCAGCGACGCGCAAAGUUUCGGCCAAUCCGUCGCUAGCAGCGCCGCCGCUGCCGGUACCUCUAUCGCCAGCAACGCUGAGAGCUUUGCCUCGUCAGUUGCCAGCUCUGCCGGAAGCCUCGCCUCAUCGGUUGUCAGCAGUGUCGAAAGCAAGGGCACCAGUGCCGUCUCGGAUGCCCUGGCUUCCGCUAGCGCCGCCGUUAGCAGCGCUGAGAGCGUUGCUGCUACCGCCACCGGCACUGCUGCCUCCAUCGCCUCUUCCGCGGUGGCCAGCGCUCACUCUGCCGCUUCUUCCGCUGCGUCUGUCGCUACCGCGGCCUCAUCUGACUCCUCGUCGUCAAGCUCUACUGCUACCCCUACCGGCAACGCUGCCGUCCACGUCUCCGGCUCUAUGAUGGGCACGGGAGCCGCCGCCUUCGGUGUUCUCGUUGGAGCUAUUCUUUUGUAAAUAAGCGGUUUAACUGUACCUGAGACCCAACCUGGGAAAGGGAUGGUCUUCUGUCAUUUAGAUUCUAGAAGGAUAAUUCUAGAGGUGUUUGGGAUAUACGCCUGGCUGUCUUAACUUGAUGAGUUAUACUAUAUACCACACACAAAUUGGCAUUGUAUGAGGGAUUCCUGGUGCAAGGAUGCUUUUACGUGAGCCCAUAGAAUUGA